AUGGCGUCUCGUCCUACCGUUUCCAUCGCCACGGCUGAGGGCAAGGCCUCUGGGGCCACUGCCCCCCUUCCCUCCGUUUUCUCCGCGCCCAUCCGUUCGGACAUUGUCCAGCAGGUGCACGCCGGUAUGGCCAAGAACAAGCGCCAGCCCUAUGCCGUGAGCGAGAAGGCCGGCGAGCAGACCUCUGCUGAGUCCUGGGGUACCGGUCGCGCUGUCGCCCGUAUCCCCCGUGUCUCUGGUGGUGGUACUCACCGUGCCGGACAGGCUGCCUUCGGUAACCAGUGCCGUUCCGGUCGUAUGUUCGCCCCUACCAAGGUCUGGCGCAAGUGGCACCAGAAGAUCAACCUGAACCAGAAGCGCUUCGCUACCGCCUCUGCUCUGGCUGCCUCUUCCGUCCCCGCUCUUCUGUUCGCCCGUGGCCACCGCGUCGCCAAGGUCCCCGAGGUUCCCCUCGUUGUUGAGUCCAAGACCUUCGGUGGUGCUCUGACCAAGACCAAGGCCGCCAUCGCCCUCCUCCAGGCCAUCGGUGCCGGUGACGAGCUCGUCAAGGUCCAGAAGUCCAAGAAGCUCCGUGCUGGUAAGGGUAAGCUCCGUAACCGCCGCUUCCGCCAGCGUCGCGGUCCUCUGGUUGUCUACAACCCCGAGACCGACGGCAAGGACCUCGUCAAGGCUUUCCGCAACAUCCCCGGUGUUGAGACCUCCUCCGUCUUCGCCCUGAACCUCCUCCAGCUCGCCCCCGGUGGUCACGUUGGUCGUUUCCUCGUCUGGACCUCCUCCGCCUUCGAGGCCCUCGACAAGGUCUACGGUUCCACCACCACCCCCUCGGCCCUCAAGAAGGACUUCCUCCUCCCCUCCAACAGCGUUGCCAACGCCGACCUGGCCCGCCUCAUCAACUCUUCUGAAAUCCAGUCCGUCCUCCGCGCUCCCAAGGGUGAGGCCCGCACCAAGCGUGGUGUUGUCCAGAAGAAGAACCCUCUCCGCAACAAGCAGGUCAUGCUCCGUCUCAACCCCUACGCCGCUGCCUACUCCAAGCAGAAGCUCGGCCAGACCAAGGUUGACGAGGGCAAGCCUACUCGCGCUGGUGAUGCCUUCAACAAGGUUCUGUCUCAGGAGUAA